UCAGUUCGCUGAGAGCGCUCGUGAUGUGAGGACGUUCUAUGAAGCCGUUAGCGAGCGCGAAGCUCUCUCACUUUUCGCUGUAAACGAGACUGAGAACGAGCGUGUACGCAGCCAGCAAUUGCACGCACAGCCCAUUUUCCUGAUUGACGAUUACUCGGGAAGCAGACGCGGGAGCAGUGACACGGCGAGUGUGCUCUCGCUUGAUUUUUUUCGAUCGAGCGUCACUCGACACUCAGGCGCCAGUUUACACGCGGUUAUAACGUGGAGAAUCGAAGGUGUGAGUUUGUUUCACAUUGUCGUGAGACAUCAUCAAUUCGAUUCGGAGGAUUUUUUUUUUUUUAUCUUCAACGGAAUUGGAGAAGAAAGAAGUACUCAAUGAAAGUGUUUACGCGGUACGCGAUUCAAGGAUCCGACGAGCCAGCUGAUCGCAAUACCGUUUCACCGGCUUGAUAAGAACUUUGUGAGGCUACCUUGUGCGUGUUUAUCGCGUUACAAAACGACGGUACAAAGGAGGAAGAAAGACAAGAACAAAACUGAAACGAGAGUUUUUUCGACAAAGACAGAAGAUAAUGUGUGUACGUGCGUUUUAGAAGAAAUACAAAAUAAAAGAACAACAAUUUUUUCGAUUUGCUGUUGAGAUAUUUUCUCGAUUGUUGUUGCGCGCGGAAGAUUGUUUUAAUUUCGCGCGGGCAUCAACACCUGCUGCAGCGGUAUAACUGCGUUGAGGGUUUUAUCGCGGAACUUUCGUGGCGCCGUCGUGUGCCGCGCGCGUGUGUGUGUAUGUGUGUGUGUAUAUAUAUGUACGCGGGGUGAGAGCUUAAAGUUCGCGAGAGCGCAAGGUGGGACAGAGUGCGACCGCGCGCGCGCGUGCGGCAUAAAGUAGAGAGACAAAGAGAGGGACAGAAACACGAUACCUCGAGAAAGUUUACUUGUGCCGGUCGCUCCGGAGAACACCUCGUUUUCUACAUUCUGGAGUAAGAUUUGUUCCACGCGCUAGACGAAGAUUGUCAUAGACAGAAGCGAAAAAAGAAACUACAGGAACAAGAAACAAGAGAAGCGCUUUAUCGCUACGCCGUUGUCAAUCCUACGUUUUUCCUUCUUCCUUUCCCCUCCCUCGCGCUUUUGUGUCCCUUGUGAUCGUCACCGUACGGAUGAUCGCAGGCCGCCUAUGACUCGUCAGUAAAAGCGAAAAAAAGAAAAGAAGAUCGAAGGACGUAGAGACAGUAGUAGAGACCGAGGCAAACAGCGAGGUAGAGCGAGUCAGAUAUUUUCCCGCUUCGAGAAGGGGGGCAGAGAGAGCACCCCGACGAACUGAAUAUGUCUGCCAAGCGAAAGGCCACUGCCGUCAUGCAGCACCACAAGGUAAGGCCAUGUUUACUAGACAAUCGAAGAUGUAAAUGGCCUUCCCAAAAGAUCCGAAAACAGGAGAACAUCUCGACUCCGGAACCUGCCGACAUCGCCGAUGAAGAACAUUAUCAAAACUUGCUCAUGAAAGACCCGGAUAAGCUGAAGCUGAUGCUGCUCGCCUGGAAUUGUAAUAUACAGGCGCAGGCACAGGCACUGGCGCAGGCCCAGGUCCAGGCUGCCAACGCCGCCCUCUCGCCAAAUAACUCUUCGACCACCACUACGGCUACCACCGUUGGCACACCUGUCACCAGCCAAUCGGCCAUUUCUACGGCAAACAACACCAUUAACAACUCCACACUCACAGACACUCGAAACGGCUCCUCCGAAUUGGGGGAUUUGCCAGCGAGCGCCGUUACAAGUUUAGGUGCCGUGGCGGGUGUUGGCGGUGAGGACAUGGCUUCAUUGUGGGCAUCUUACGCCAUGAGUGGUUUCAAGAAGACACCGCCACCGGCAUCGUCGGCAACGCUCUCGCGGUCGGAUCGCGACCGUGAGUCCAGUCCGCCCGGCGGCGAGGGGACGGGAAGCGCCCACGAUGAAACCAGCAGUAGUGGUAACAAGGAAGAGGAUAACGAGGAUGACGAUGAUAUGGAUGUGGAUGAGGGAUUGGAUCCGCGGCAUCACGAUCCGGAACGUCUCAAGGCGUUCAAUAUGUUCGUGAGGCUGUUUGUCGACGAAAAUCUGGAUCGCAUCGUGCCAAUCUCGAAGCAGCCAAAGGAGAAGAUACAGGCGAUUAUUGACAGUUGCACGAGACAGUUCCCGGAAUUUGCCGAGAGGGCCAGGAAGAGGAUCCGAACGUACCUGAAGAGCUGUCGGAGGAACAAACGGGGCAGGGAGGGCGCUCCUUGGGACGCUGCAAGACCAACACCAGCACACUUGACCUCCGUGCAAGCCGAGCAGAUUCUGGCAACGGCUUGCGAAAAUGAGAGCGAAAACGCCAAACGCAUGAGACUCGGCAUGGAUCCGGUGUCGCAGCCCAUGCCAACUCUUCCGGCUGCAACGCAAACGGACGUUCGAUCAAGUUUGGAGCACUUCUCGAGCACGCCAGUUAAAUCACUUCCGAUCAAGAGGGAAGACACACCUCCAGCAUCACUAACAUCCCUGGCACCACUAACCAGUUUGGCAAACUUACCGAGCAGCACCCUUUCCUCUACACCACUGUCGCUCGCAUCCGCGUCGAAGUUGCUUACGCCGGCAGACAACAAGAGUCUCAUGAGUCAGGCAACGAUAGUCAGUUCGUCGACGGUAAAUGGUGUCGCCAGUGGCGGUGCACCAACGGCGAUGUACAGACCCAACUUCAGCCAGGCGUUCCAACGUGCCGGACCGACAACGGUACCGCCGACCCUCUCGUCUGGAUUGUAUCCGACCCAAAGUUUCACGUCGGGCCUACUGAGCAACGGUACACAAAGACCGACGGAUCUCAGCAUGAAGAACACGAAGCCGUUGCUGAGUCAUAAGCUAAACGCUACAGAAAUGACCGCGGUGAGACAACUGAUAACAGGGUAUCGGGAGUCCGCCGCUUUUCUACUGAGAUCUGCUGACGAGCUGGAGCAACUGUUGCUCCAGCAACCAUAGAGCUACAUUUACAUGGCCAGCGUUCAUCAGCAACUCGGCUCAUAGUUACAACGAUCUGCAGGGAAAUGAUGCGAGUACUGAUACGUAGCGCCUGUAUAAACAUUGGAGAAACUCGUUGAUGAUUUUCUUCAUUAAUGAUCUUCGCAUCUGGCUGUCUCUGUCGGCAAGGUGGUUUUCCUCGUGCGAACUUAUCCUCUGCCGUGAAGUGGCCCACUUGCGCGAACCAAAACGGAUCGAGUCGAUCUGACACAAAGCGAGUGUGCGACAUCGAUCGAGAGAAUUCAACUGUCUUAUAACAAGAAACAAUUCUUCCUUGCAGAAGCUACAAAAAACGAGAGAAUGAUACUUAUUGUUUGAAAAAAAACAAAAAACAAAAAAACAAAAAAACUGAUGCUUAUGGGAUUUCAAUGUUGUUGCAAUUUGUCUACAGGCGCCAAGAAUACGCAAAAUUCCAUUCACAUAGAUUAAAUAAGUUGCGCGCAUUUACACGUGUGACGCGACAUUUCUAACAACGUAAGUUUAGAUUUUAAGAAACUUACUUGAACAGGGUGUAUAUAAAACAAAAAGAUCUACAAGGUUAUUUACUUAAUUAUUAAUAAGUUUAAUGGAUUGUGUAUGUGUGUGUGUGUGUGUGUGUGUGUAUGGACGCGUGUGUGUCUCAAGAAAGAAGUCACGAGGAACGAAUGAGAUGACGAGUCAUUUUGGAAAGCAUACAUAAUAGUAUCCUCUAACGCAGGUAAAAUCCCGGAAACGUUUUCUUCUUUUCGGUCACGGGGAACGCGCUUGCAUUUUCUCCUAAUUGAGAUACGUAAGCUUCGGAGAAAACCUCGCUCGUGAGCUCCAUAUAGAGCUCUACAACUAUACUCACCGUUUCGAUGACGGACGACAAGAAGCCGUCGCGUGUUCUUACGGGAUGCUAAUUUCGCUAAUCUGUCUGUUGUUAUGUACAUGUACAUAUAAUAUGAAUGAUAUAUGACGCAACUAGAUGAUACUCUCGUGCGCAUGCAUCCCACGCACGCACGAGACUAUCGAUAUUUCUUCACAGAGAGCGCUAUUAAUUUUGCGCGACGAAAAUCGUGUCAUUUACUUCGAGAGAGCGGCGCGCAUUACGUAGUAGAAUUCUCAAAUAAAACUUUGAUUUAGGAUAUGAAACGAUAAUAUAAAAAUAACACGAUUUUUACGAGAUAUAGAGAGAGACAAAGAUUGUAAAACUUGACCACUUUUCUUGCCACUUUUGAAGCAAAUGACUACGAAACAAUCCGGAAAUAUAGAUGUAUUGUACAUAGAUAUAUAAAAAAUGCUUUCGCGCAUUAUACAAUUGUAUAUAGUACGUAUAGGGUCGCUGGACAAGAUGGAUUUUUUUAUUGGCGACACAUGUCAGAAGAGACGAAGUAAGUAAUUUAACUAUUGAACUAAUGAUAAGUGUACAAUUAUUAUUCUGGUCCGUAAUACACAUAGUCAGACCAGAGCAGCGACCUGGAGCAGCGUAGUGAUCGAGAAUAUAAUUUCGGGACCAUCUUGUCACGAUCGGACAAUACGUUACAACCGUAUUUGUGGUCUCCGGACGUAUCACUGUGUUACCAAAGAACACUUAUUAUUAUCGCUACUGUAUGUAUAAAGCGCUACGCAACAGUCGAAUUUCUUCUUGUCUUUAUUUUUCAUUUCGUUUUUUUUUUUUUUUUUUUUUUUUUUUGGUUUUUUUUUUGGUUUUUAGGCUAGAUUUCUCACGCAAAGAUGUGAACUUAUUUUCGUUAGUUGAUCGUACGAGGAUCAAUGUACAAUAUCGCGCGUGUAAAACACGUGAUAAAUGUUACGUAUCCAAGUACGAAAAGUUUAUCGAUCAUUCGUGUUUUAGACUAUUAAUAUUCCCAUUAUAAUUAUAUAUUAUAUUUCUGAUAUAUUAUUACAUUAUAUUUUUAUUAUUAUUAUUAAUUAUCAUUUUAUUGUCAUUGUCUCAUUGAUAUAUUAUUAAUUGGAGUUUGAAAAUUCAAUAAAGUAAAGCGUAUGUAUUCCUCGCAAAAUAGUUUCGCUCUGUUUCUCCGUCAUCAUUUUUACAGAAAGUUCAAGCUUGUUUGUCUACUUUUGUCUCUUUUAUCUCGUUGUUUUGUACAUACACAUUGUCGAAUUGCACAUACAUAUAUAUAUAUAGAUUACGGAACUUAAAUUUGCAUAAGUAAUUACAUUAUAAAAACGGAGUAUAUAUAUCUUUAAGUAUUAUAUAUACUUC